AUGAGGAAGUGUGUAUUUUGCAAAUGUCGCUACGAGAAAGGUAGCAAAACAUCAUUUCACAGAUUUCCAUCCGACUUGACGGCGAGGAGUGUAUGGCUUCAGAAUAUGAAAGCCGUUGACUGGACUCCAAAAGAAAAAGAUCAUCUUUGUUCAAAACAUUUUGAUGCUAAUUGUUUUAAUAAGCAUUAUAAUAGAACAACACUCAAGUUGGGUAGUGUUCCAACAAUAUUUGAAGGAGUAUUUGAAAACUCCAAUUCUUGUGAUGACCUUGAAAUAGCUGACAGUAAAAAUGAAUCCAGAGGGGAAAAAAUUGAUGUAGUAGAACCGCAACCAGUUGUCUUUACUUGUGCAUACAAAUAUGCAAUGUCUACCUCUUCAACUACUGAAAGUAUGAGCACAAGUUCUUCUUCAUCAAGGUGGCAGUCGUCAAAGCGACGGGGAGUCAAUAGAUUAUUAAGCGAAUGUAUCUUAGAAGAUAAUGUGUUAAAAAAAGAUGCAAGUACUACAUAUGAAUCGAAAAGCAAUCUACACGAUAUCGCAAGAAACGAACAUAGCUAUGAAGCCUCUCAAAGUCCAAAAAAAUCGAGAAUUGAAUAUGGUGUAGCGCAUGACCAUCAAUAUGAAAACACUCCCAGAUCCUCAAAGAUAGCUAUACAACGUGCCAGACGAUCGUUAAAAAUCAGAAACGCACGGAUAAAAGUUUUGACCCAACAUGUUAAAAGAUUGAAAACUAAAGUAGCCAACCUCAAAACUAUUAUUAACGACUUAAAUAAACGGAAUAAAGUUUCUGAAGAACAUUGA